AUGGUGUUGACGAUCUAUGCGCCUUUCUUCGCUUCUUCUAAGAGAGCUGUUGUGACGCUAGUGGAGAAGGGAGUCGAGUUCGAGACCGUCAAUGUCGAUCUCUUGAAAGGAGAGCAGAAUCAGCCUGAGUACAUCGCGAUUCAGCCUUUCGGUAAAAUCCCUGCGCUCGUCGACGGAGACUACAAAAUCUUCGAGUCGCGUGCGAUCAUGAGGUACAUAGCAGAGAAGUACAGGUCACAAGGACCAGACUUGUUGGGAAAGACAAUAGAAGAGAGAGGACAAGUGGAGCAAUGGCUUGACGUGGAAGCAACAAGCUACCAUCCACCACUAUUGGCUCUAACGCUGAACAUUGUCUUUGCACCGCUCAUGGGUUUUCCGGCUGAUGAGAAAGUCAUAAAAGAGAGCGAAGAGAAGCUUGGAGAAGUGCUUGAUGUCUACGAAGCACAGCUCUCCAAGAACGAGUACUUGGCUGGAGAUUUCGUGAGUCUAGCUGAUUUAGCUCACCUUCCGUUCACAGAGUACCUCGUUGGUGCUAUUGGGAAGGCUUAUAUGAUCAAAGAUAGGAAGCAUGUGAGCGCGUGGUGGGACAAGAUUAGUAACCGUGCUGCGUGGAAGGAGGUUUCUGAGAAGUAUGCAUUGCCGGUUUAA